GCAAGAAAUGGAUGGAAUAAUAAUCCGUCUGCACUUCAGUUUAUCAGAUCAUAUAAGAAGCUAUUACUACAUGCAGAUAUUUCUGAUAGUAGUGGAAACUGUAGAGUCCUAGAUACAACAUCAAUUCUAUCAAUUUCUAGUGGUGGAGCUUCCAAGAAAGACUCCGUUUUGCAGCAGAUUGACCUGUAUGAUAUAAGGAAACAUAAUAUCCAUUAUCAUGAGUACAUCAAUAGUAUGCAAGAUCAUAAUUAUGAUGUUUUGUCUAAAACAUAUAGUCUCACUAAUUACAGUGAGAAUGUCGUCUCAUAUAUUGCAGGAUAUGUAAUCAAAAUGAUCAAGAAAACAGUGCAUUGUGAGGACUGUUUAAGUUUAUUAAUAGAAGAAAACCCUGAUGAUCCAAAUUAUUAUCUCAUAAAAAGAAGAAACUUGGGUGCCUAUCUUUUUCCCUCCAAAAGUUUGGUACUUAUCUGCUCAGAAACGGAAAAGUUUAUAAGACUAUUAAUGAAUUUAAAAGACGAUAGAUUGCCAUCCACGGAUCUUGUUAAUAAUAUUGUUAUUAAUGUGUCAGCAAAACUUUUACCCAACCUUGGAAGAACUGUAUAUUCGAACCACGAGCAUAGUUUUCAUCUUUUAAAAAUGACAAUAUAUAGUUAUUGUAAAAUUAGGUGCCAUAAUUUAGCAAAAACAUUUACGGCCACUGUUCAAGGAGACGCUAUAAGGAAAAAAUUUAGUAAAUUAAUUAUAUUUCAUCAUCAGUAAUGAAUAAAUAUCCACAAAAUAA